AUGAAAAAGGAAAAGGGGAAAAAAGGCAUUUCAAGGCAAAGGGGCAACUACCCACCAACACGUGAGUUGAAGCAAAACCCGGAAAGCCAUUCAUUCAUGCACCGAAUAAUUGAAAAAGGCUCCACAUUUCACAGAAGCGAGUGGAUUUUGUUUCCUAUGGUUGGCACUGGUAGUUCAAUGAAGAACAGUGUGGUUCAGUGUAAUGAGACAGUUAAAGUUGUUUUCUCAGUUAUUGGUCCUCGGAGUGUUCAUCUUACUGGUUACUAUCUUAGUGGCUGCAGCGGUCAACAUUUUCAUCUAGACGAUGAGACUUAUCCUUUUGUUGGUCUACUUCUAGAAUCCUAUGGAGAAGAUAUUGCAGAUACAGAGACAAAAAAGUCUGUAAAUGGUAGCGACGAAGAUGAAUGUGAGGAUAGUUUUAUUAAUGACGAUGUUGAUCUAGAGAUCAUGUCACCUUCCACUGUUUAUAGCGGCGAAGUUGAAGAGUUAUCUGAUAAGAAGAAACAUAAGAAUGGUAAGGGCAGCCACAAACGUCUUAGAAAAAAAUUCCAAUUUAGUGAAUCUAAAGAUGAAGAUAAAAUGCUUAUUUUCUUCCUCCACGAGAAAGAAUUUGUUGUAAACAGUAUGGUUUCAAAAAGAAACGAAAAAUAUGAGAAGGGAAAAGACGAAACAAGUGAAAAGAAGAAAUGCAUGCGGAGAGAGGUAGAGGCUGACAAAUUGAGCCUAGAUUUGCCUGUGACUAAAGAAGACCAGAAGACUACAGAUGAUAUGUGGGGAACUGUUAAUGGGAGAUGCUUUGGUCCUGCUGUCACGAUGAUAUGCAAAGGGGAUUCCCAUGCCGACAAAGGCAUGUGGAAUUUAAAGUAG